AUGGAGAAGCUCUCGGCGAACCGCGACCGCGGCCACGGGACCUUGGUCGCGAAAUUCCCGAACCUCGAGGGCACGGACUUCGAGGGCUGCGGCGAGGACGUGGGCCUCGCCGUCUGGCGCGUCGUCAAGCGCAAGCUCGUGCGCGCCGUCGACGGCGACGAGGUCCUCGGCACGCCCCGCGUGCUCCGGCGCUCGGACGUGCUGCUCCUGCUGCGGACGAGCGGCGACGGCCGCGAGCGAACCUGGGCCGCGCACACGUGGAAAGGCGGUUCCGCGUCGAUGAUCGCCGAGGGCAUGGCCGGCUCCAUGGCGGCCAAGCUCGUCAACUUGCUGAACGUCUACGCCGGCUCCGGCGCCGUGACGCGGCACGACAGCCAGGACGGCGACGAGUGCGCCGCGCUGAAGGACGCGCUCGGCGCGUUCGCCGUCGAGGACGGCGGCGCCAAGGUCGCGGCGCCCGCGCCGAAGGCCGCGCCGGCACCCGUGGCGAAGCCGGCCUUCGCCCUGAAGAAGACGGCGGCGAAGGCGCCCGCGCCCGCGCCCGCGGCGGCGCCGGAGACGACUACGAAGCCCGCCUUCGCCCUGAAGAAGACGGCGCCGCGGCCCGAGAAGCCCGCGGCCGCCGCGCCGCCGUCGCCGGCGUUCGCGCUGAAGAAGACGCCCGCGAAGCCCGCGGACUUCGCGCCGCCGCCCCAGCCGUCGACGACGCCGGCCUUCGCGCUGAAGAAGACGACGGUGAAGCCCGCGGAUUUCGCGCCCGAGCCGUCGAAGGCGCCGGCCUUCUCUCUGAAGAAGACGGCGUCCAAGCCCGCGGACUUCGCGCCGGCGCCCGCGCCGGCGCCCUCGAAAAAGGUCGUCAUCGCCGCGCCGGACACCGCCGCGCCGCCGCCGCCGCCGCCGGGCGCGACGCCGCAGACGCCGCGGACGCCCGGCGGCACCGUCAAGGAGACGGAGUUCCCGAACCUCAAGGGCACGGAGUUCGAGGGCGCGGGCGAGCACGAGGGGCUCGAGGUCUGGCGCGUGCGCGGGCGGAAGCUCGUCCGCGCCGUCGACGACGGCCGCGACGAGAUCUUCCGCGCGCCGCGCGUGCUCCGCAAGGCCGACGUCGUCGUGCUGCUCGCGACGACGGGCGCGGGCCGGAAGCGGCGCUGGGCCGUCUACACGUGGAAGGGCGGCGGCGUCGGCAUGAUCGCGAGCGGUUUAGGCGGGUCCAUGGCCGCGAAGCUCGUCAACCAGCUCGAGGUCCACGCGGGCUACGGCUGCGUGACGCGCGAGGACGCGACGGAGGGCGGCGAGUCCCCGGGCCUCAAGGCCGCGCUCGGCGACUUCGAGACGCAGGACGGCGCCCACGAGGUGCUCGCGAAGCACGCGGACGCCGCGCGGCCCGUCAAGCUCUGGCGCCUCGACGAGGGCCUCUUCGUGCGCGUCGAGGCCAAGGCGUCGAGCCUGUCGCCGCAGCACGCGUACGUCGUCGACGCGGGCGACGCGCGCAAGACCGCGCCCCACGCCUACUCCUGGGCCGGCGCCGAGAGCGGCCGCGUCGAGCGCGCGCUCGCCGAGGAGAUGUCGCGGCGGCUCCAGUACGCGGAGUACCCGGACGCGAGCGACGCCGCGUCGCACGCCGUCGAGGGCGAGGCCGGCGACGCCGUCGUCCGGGCCCUGCUCGCGCCCGGCGCCUGCGGCGCCGCGGCGGGGGACCCGCGGCUCCGCUGCCCGGCCCUGUUCGCCUGGGACGGGUCGGCGUGGGCGCCCAUGCGCGAGGACGGCGGCGGCAACGACGUCGCCGAGGGCGGGCGCCUCGCGGCGUCGACGCUGGGCCCCGACGGCCUCUUCCUCGUCGACGCCUGGGCCGAGGCCUGGCUCUGGCGCGGGCGGUCCUUCAAGGGGAGCUUCGGCGCGGCCAAGGCGGCCGCGGCGUCGGCCCUGGGCCCGGCCGCGCGGCCGCCGGCCUUCGCGGGUGUCGACGUCGUCCGCGACCGCUUCGAGCCCGCGCUCUUCGGCGAGCGGUUCUACGGCUGGGGCGGCGGCGCCAUCAACCAGGGCGGCACCCUCGAGAUCGGGGGCUACGUGCCGUCGAAGCACGACGAGGAGCGGCGCAGCGUGAAGCUCCGCGCCGUCGCGGAGGAGGCGGCGCGGAUGACGCAGGGCGGCGUCGGCUCGCUCGCGGCCGAGGGCGACGAGUCCGAGGCCUGGAUCAGCGGCGGCGCGGAGCGGAGCGGCGACGAGAGCCGCGUGUGCCUCACCAUGGACCUCGCGGACGACGAGACGGGCUACGUGCGCGUCUUCCGCGUCGACGACGACAACGAGCUCCUCGAGCUCGCGAACAGCGGGGAGGGCUACGGCGUCGGGCCCGAGGCGUCCUGCUGGACGUCGAGCGACAUGAUCAUCGCCUGCUACGGCUGCAAGAACGGCGCGCUCCACGUCGUCUACACCUGGGAGGGCGACACGGCGUCGCUCAAGGCGCGGACGGCCGCGGGGCUGCGCGUCGCGUCGCUCAAGGACGACUGCGGCUGGGAGGGCGCGGAGCACCAGCUUUAUUGUUAUCAGAACGCGGAGCCGGCGCUCCUCGUGACCGUGCUCCGCAAGCACCUCGGGGGCCACGGCCUCCUGACGCUCCGCGGGCGCACGGCCGGCGGCUACCUCCGCGAGCACACCGCGGACGACGACGACGCCGCGCGCGGCUUCGACGCGCCCGGCGGCCGCGUCCGCGCGCUCCGCGUGGGCAGCCCGCCGGGCAGCGACGCCCAGGACGCGGAGCUCGUGCGCGCCGCCGAGGAGCCCCUCGAGACGCUCCUCGGCGGCUACCGCUUCGAGAACGAGGCGUCGUGGGUCUUCGUCAAGACGGCGCCGGACGGGUCCGUCGACCGUCGAGUGGCCCACGGCAACGACGCGUCGCCGGCCGUGCGGGGCCGCGCCGAGGCCGUCGCGGGUUUCGGCGACCUCGCGCGGUGGCUCGACGCCGCGUGCAGCUCCGGGACGAUCACCGCGCUCGAGCCGACGGGCGCGGGGCCCGCGGCGUUCGCGCCGCUCGCGCCGGCGGACUUCGGCGCCUUCGGCCUCGACUCCAUGCUCUACGAGGGCCUCGAGGAUUUGGCGACCUUCGAGGACCUGCCCACGGGCGACGACGGCCUCUUCUCGCGGACCUUCAAGGCCGACGCGACGCGGCCCGCGCGGCUCUUCGAGGUCUCGCACGCGAAGCGCGCCGUCGGCGGCAUGUUCGUCACGGACCUGGGCCGCACGUUCCGCCAGCAGGACCUCCUGGGCAACAACAUGCGGGGCACCUUCGUCCUCGACGGCGGCGGCGACGUCGUCUACGUCUGGUUCGGCGCGGGGCCCGUCGCGCGGACCGAGGCCGCGCUCGCGGUGGCCGUCGGCGGCGGCUACGCGCGCGAGGUGCCGACCAUGGACUGCUACAAGCUCCACGCGGCGGAGCGGGACCGCGACGCGACCGCGCCGACGGCGCGGCUGAAGCGCGUCCACGGCCAGCACCACCGCGCGUCCAUGGCGCCGCGCCGCGACUGCCCGGACCUCUCCGUGGUCCUCGUCGACGCGGGCGCGGAGCCCCCGGAGUUCGUCGCCUGCUUCUUCGGCUGGCAGCCCCUGGGCCAGGGCAACGCCUUCGCCGAGGCCUUCGCCGGCGACGUCGCGGCCGCCGUCGCGGGCACCAUGGUGCUCGAGGAGGACGAGGCCGCGGAGAAGCGGAGCCACGAGCCCGUGGUCACGAAAAACAUCGAGGACGACGAGACGAUGAAGCGCCGCGCGCGGACGCUCACGAGGGGCCGCGCGUCCGAGGACAAGGUCCAGGCGCGCAGCGACGGCGAGGUGACCAUCGCGGAGCGCCUCGGGAGCAAGGUGUCGACGGGCAAGCGCGGGUCGCUCCACGUCGCCGCGCCGCAGCCCCUCACCAUCGUCGAGGACGACGAGCACCGCGGCUGCACGAUCCAGCGCGACGUCACGGCGCUCCACGGCGGCGACGAGGACUUCCUCGUCUACGCCUACAGCGGCAAGAAGAUCGUGAAGCGUUUGGCGCACGGCGUCGGCGGCCUCUCGGCGCUCCGGGGCUUCCUCGAGGCCGACAACGUCUGCUACGCGCUCGCGGCCUACGGCGCGGAGCGGCUCAGCGAGGCCGCGGGGACGACCGUGCACCAGUCGGUCUACGUCUUCGUCACCUGGUUCCCGCCGGGCAUCAGCCCCAUGGUCCGCGGCACCGUCGCGAGCCACAAGGCGGCGAUCCACUCCAUCUUCCAGCCCUUCCAGGCGCGCCGGUGGAGCGCCGCCGCCACGGCGGGCAGCGUCGACGCCGCGGGCGCUGCUGCCUCGCGCGGUUCGGACCCCGCGCGGCGGUACUGGCUUUCGCCGCCGCCGUCGUAG